AUGUUUUCGAGAAAGUGCCUGCUGUUGCUGGCCUGUUUCUGGACGCUCCUCCAGAGUGUCGCGGCUGCUCCCGAUGUCGCGCUGGAGCCUGGUCUUGAGGAUCGCCACCGUCUGCAGGGGCGGGACCUGGAAGAGCGCAAUAAUCAUCCCGCACUUGAGAGCUCUUUGCUGUCGGUUCUAACCGAGGAUAUAGCGUCCUCGACCCAACACCACAGUGGUGGUAGAACUACCACCACCGAGGUAGGUAGUAGUGGUAAACCGUCCAUUACCCCUACCACAGAGGGAGGUAGUAGCUCACCUACUUCCCCUGGAGGUGGGACCUCGCCAACUGGCACUGGCGCUACAGAAACUGGAACUGGCACCACUACUCCUUCGACUGGUUCUCCAACUGGCACUGUCGAAACCUCCACCAGCCCCUCGACUGGUGGACCAGAGACAUCCACUGGCCCCAACACUAGUCCUUCCACAGGCGGUGUUGGUCCUUCUACCACUGCUACUCCCCAGACUAGCGGCAGAGUUGGGCCUUCUUCCAGUGGCCCAGAGACCUCGCCCGGUAAAUCUACCUCUCCUGGAGGAGGUGGAGCCACUGUAACACCUGCCACUCAGCCUUCCACCACUCAACCCUCUACCACCUCCCCUUCUGGUGGCGGUGGUCCUGGAAGUGUAACUCCAAGCGGUGGUGGCCGAACUUCUCCCAUGGUUGGUGGUGGAGGCGGUAUUGAACAGCCCAGUACUCACACUUCUCCCAUUGGUGGUGGUGGAGGUGGUAUUGGACAGCCCAAUACUCACACUUCUCCCAUCGGGGGUGGCGGAGGUGGUACUGGACAGCCCAGUACUCAAACUUCUAGCAUUGGUGGUGUUGGAGGUGGUACUGGACAGCCCAGUACUCAAACUUCUAGCAUUGGUGGUGUUGGAGGUGGUACUGGACAGCCUAUUACUCAAACUUCUCCCAUUGGCGGUGCUGGAGGUGGUACUGAACAGCCCAGCACUACUCACUCUUCUACCACUGGUCCUACCGGCGGUGGUGAAGGUGGCGGCCCUCCUCAGACUGGAAAUGGCGGCGGCAGCAGUAGUGCAAGUCCCUCCGGCCCUAAGGAGACUGUUGUUGUCCCUGUCGAGCCUGCGGUGGUGGGGGAAAUCCCGGUGGUGGAAAUCCCGGUGGUUGUGGUGGAGGUAACCCAGAUGGUGGUGGAAAUCCAGGAGUUGUUGGAGGAGUUAACCCUGGUGGAGGCGGAGUUGGUGGUAAUCCAACAGGAGGUGGUAACCCGACAGGUGGUGGUGGAAGCAUCACAUUUGGAGGUGGCGGCGGUGGAUCAACCACCACAGGCCGAGGCAGCUCAACGGUCCCUCCAAGCAACAGUGGCGGAGUCUUGA